CUCUAGCUGCGGACUGACCACACAGGACUUCCUAUAUUAGUUUAUGCAUAGUCCUAUAUGUAUAGUAUGGUUGAAAGUAUGGCGCAGAAAAACUGUACCUGCACAAACUUCAGGAUGGGAUUUUAUAUUUCUCUAUGUGUCACCAUCUUUCUCGUUUUGUUCUACUGCAUUUAUAUAUCUGAAAGGAGAAGAUCGGAGACAUUCCUUUUGACAACAUUCAAAGACGGGGAUUGGGUCUUUGGAUCUACUAGUACUAGAGGAUAUAAUGCUUCUACCGUCCAACAAACAACUCCACACCUCAAUAUUUCAAGGCCCGAAACAGCUGGUGUUACGAGCGAUAAGAGUUCUACGUUUUACAUCAUCAAUGCCUCAAGGAAAUACCAAAUAUGUGAUCGUCUGGAUGUCAUCAUCGAGGCCAGAGACAGUAAGAAUCAAUUAAAAGUAAACGGAGGAGAUUAUUUCCGGGUCAGGAUCUACAAUAAUGACCUUAAAGCCGGUGCAUCUGCCGAUGGAGAAGUUGCUUAUCUUGGAGAUGGCAAGUACAAGGCAUCGUUCACAUUACGAUGGGUCGGGAAAACCUUCGUUCGUGCAAUUCUCGUCCAUCCAGCCGAGGCCGUGAAUGUAUUGAGACGAGCACGGGAUACUUGCCCAACGAGAUAUGGCUACUAUGGACGAUUCACCGGGAUGAUUGGAGAUAAGUCUGUUGUAGAAGACACCGUGUGCAACAUAAUUACUCCCGUACCCAACGCAACCAUAUGUGAUUUAACAAGACAUGCGAUAGCAGAGCCGUGGUUCUGUACAGCGCCAACCAAGACCAAGUUGACUUGUUCAGACUUUGGUUGGACUUGUGGCAACAGGAUAUACUCAGCGGCUCUUUACCGAUCUGCCAUGCUGACAAAGGAUGAAGAGAGUUUAUUUGGAAGGCAAAAGCAACCGAUACCAGUGCGAGGAGUCAACUUUGUAACAGUGACUGAGCAAGAAAAAAAUAUAUCGAAUCCAGCUCAUUGCUCUAACGAGAGGUUACCUCCGUGCGCCGUAGGUUCCCACAGUCUUUCUUACCCCAUGGCAGCGGGCUACUUCUUCAAAGGACACUGGUAUUCCAACUACUGCCGUCUUCGUAGCUUUGUAAUCCCCAGUUCGUUGAAAUGCCUCACCAAUAAAACCCUGUAUUUCCACGGUGACUCCACCACGAGACAGUAUUACGAAUACCUCGUGAUCAGUCUAAAGAGUUCCCUUAAACCGAAUCCGCCUACUUUACAAUCUAAUUGGAAGGUUGGCCCUUCAAUGGCUGAAGACAAAGUAAACAACUUUACGGUUCACUAUCGCCAUCACGGAUACCCGAUCCGAAAUAACUGGACGGAUGCAUCCGAAGUGCAGUACAUUGAGGAAGCUCUUGAUGAGCUACAAGCGACACCGGAUACAGUCUACGUGUUUACAAUUUGGGCGCAUCUAACCACCUUAAACAUGAGUUUCUAUGAGCAUCGAGUGAGGAGGAUAAAGGCCGCGGUGGAAAGAUUGCAUCGCCGUAGUCCCGAGACGCUUGUCGUCAUCAAAAGCGCGAAUACCCGUUCGCACGGGAGCGCGGGAUCGUCUGUAACGGUAAGCGAUUGGUACGCGCGAGAACUGGACAUGAAGCUUCGGGAAAUAUUCAAGAGCUACGAUAAGAAAAUUGGAUUCAUAGACCAGUGGUCGAUGGUUGUAGGAUUUUCAAAUGUGGAUGCCAUUCAUCCAGGCCAGGGGAUUAUAUCUACUGGAAUGCGUACAUUACUGUCUUACAUGUGCCCUAAAGAAUAACAUUGUCAUUUCGUGUAUAUUGAGGUAUAAUAAGAGUGUUGUACCAUUUUGUACUUUAUUUGACUUGAAAUAUUUGACUUGAAACAAUCAUAGCUAAUAGAGGAUAAAGUUGUGUCAACAGCACACCGCUCUGUUCAAAGGUCAAAAUCUUAUCGUCUGAAUAUUAAAUUUGAUUUGAUUUUAUUUGAUUUAUUUAUUUCCGUACCAUAUUUUAUGUGGGAGGGAACUACUUGAAUCUUCUAAAAAAAUUACUUUGAACGCACACGCGUGCGCAUUUCACAACUAGCCAUCUAUAGGUAAUAAAAUACAACGUUUUUUUGAUUU